ACACGCAAAUUUCUCACUUCCUUUCUAUGAAAUGAAUCUUUCACUCUCCAGUUCUAAAAAAUAAUAAUAAUCAUUUAACACUCGAGCAGCGUGGAACUCAAUUAAUCUCAGUACUGAUAAAGCUUGGUUCUAAAACGACGCAGUACUGUUGGGCCUUUUUCUUCUCUGACCUUGAAACUGGGGAGGUGAGUAGAUAGGAACAUCAUCAAUUUGAGCACCAUCAUUUCUCUGUUCUUCGGAUUUCAAGAAAGUAUGCAUGAUGCUUGUGGCAGAUGGUUGGCUUCACUAAUUCUGUUGUCUGCAUUCCUAAGUAGAAAUCACUGUUCACUGUGAAAGGAUCACAAGGGUCAUAAACUUGGAGGUUAUUCCUGGAUAAACACUGGGGGAUUGAAAAUUGUAAAUGUUGUAUUGAAACUGUGAUAAAUAGCCAUGUCAAGAAUACUUAACAUCAAACCUGUAGAUUCAAGCACAGCGAAAGAUAUAUUUGUUUCUGCUGUUCGCUUUGCCGUGUCUAUAGAGGGACCGUGUUUUCCAUUCGGUGAUGAGCUAAGAAUUUCGGCUCAAGAGCAAGUUGACUACAUGCUACGAGAAGAUGAAGAUACUACAAUCAUUAUAGCUGAUGAUGAAGUAAAAUCAGUGGUAAGUAUGGGUGUUUACAAUAUCAUUCAUUCAUUUGAAAUGGACUUAUCUUCCUUACUGUUGGACCCUACCCUUGAGUUUGAGGCUGCGGAUAAUAGGAUAAUGAGGAGGGUAUCUGAUCUUGAAUGGAUGUGUAAUGUACUCCCAAAGAUGGAUUUAAUGAAGAAUUUUGUUUCUAACUGGGCUGCAAUCUCGAGUAAAAUUUUGGGGAUCAUCGAAAACAAGAAGCUUGACCAUGUCAUGUGGGGUCUGAAGGUAAAGCUGAUAGAAGUAACAUGUAAAGUCUUGGAAGCAGUUGGUUAUAGUAGUGUGAUUCUUCCAGCAACAUGUCGAGUGCAAUUGUUAAAGGCUUGGUUUCCAUAUGUUCGGAAGAUGAAGCCCUUGCUGGAUUCAAAAGCCAUUGAGGAGAUUGGUUUUCCUUACAAAAUGGAUGAAGAUUUGUGCCAGGCCAUCGAGGGAGCAAUUGUGUCAUUGUUAUUAACAUUGCCAUCAAAUGAUCAAGCUGACAUUCUAGCAGACUGGAUCAAAAGUCGCGAAGUUGGAUAUCCUGACUUGAGUGAAGCUUUUGAGGUCUGGUGUUAUAGAACCAAGUCUGCCAAGAGAAGAUUAGUAGAAGGUAUAGAUGGCCACAGUGAUGCUGAUAUUAGCACCUGAGUUUGGCUCUGAAAUCCUAACCUUUGUCCUUUUUCUUGUUUUUUUUCUUCAAAGUUCAUUUUGGAUAAAUUUAACUCGAAUAUUUUGAGAUGAAGAUUAUGAUGUGGGAUUGAGGUGUUGAUUCCAUUUGUAACA